UUUCUCACAUCUCCUGAAGAUAGCGUGCAUGUUGGUUUGUGUAAGUGGAUGGUGGACUGAGAUUCUUGAGAAAACUGUUUUCUGUUUAAUAAUAGCUAAUACAAACACAUGUAAAACAGCAUAUUUAUAUUAACGGAGCUUCAGGUUUUAUAAUUUAUUUGUUGAGAUAUUGUUCGAAUGAUCGAUAGGAGUUUAUAAAGCCUGUAAUGUAUUGCCAACACAUUUUUAAAGUAUUUAAGUUUUCACGAUGUGCUCAAACGAGGAUAUGUACAAAGUCUUGUUUGUGGUCUCUCGUUGCAAGCAAUCAAUUCUUCCAACAUCAUUGCCUUCAUAUACAUGCCAUUAGGAUGAAGAGUUCUGUUAUUGCACCUGCGGAACCAGAAGUGGGGUAUUUAAAACGGGUCAUAAAACGUGUUGGAUGGCUGGAUUAUUCUAGAUCAAAACUGAAAAGAUCUGCAUAUAUUUUGUAUGAAAAUGCAGCAGAUAGGAUUCAAUACUCAAAGUUCUUUAAAGAAUUCCAUAUGCCAGAUACAUUUUAUUCGUGGUUCCUGGUUACCGAGCUUCAUGUAUGGAUGUUAAUGGUACGAACGAUGGCCGAAGGCGAGGAAGGACGUUUUGUUCGUAACAACAUAAUUGAAGCUAUGUGGGAAGAUGUUAGUACACGUGUAAAGAAACUUGAGCCUACAAAUUCUUCCGAAAUUAAAGCACAGUUACAAGAACUGUCAGAGCAGUUCCAGGCAGCAAUUAUAGGAUACGACGAAGGAUUGCUGAGUGACGACAAGAUACUUGCUGGGGUUGUAUGGAGAAUAUUUCUUCAGCAACACUGCAGUGAUCCUGAAAAUGUUGAAUGUCUUGUGCAUUAUAUCCGUAAGCAGGUGAAACUGUUCGAUGAAAUGAUACGAGAUGAUAUUCUGUUGUCACCUGACAUCAAAUGGAUUGAGUUACCACAAAAGUUUGGUACUUAAUAAAAGGAAAACACAGUAGAUAUAUUAGAAAGUAUUUUAAUUGGAUUACAGAAUGUGCAGACAUCUUCAUUAUUAAUAUUAUUACCUCUUUGAAAAAUUUUCAACAUUGUAUUUUACUGAGCAAAAUCUCCAUCUGAGCUGUUACAAUUUUACAUAUAUUUUCCUUUAGACAUUUUAUAUCGGAGCCCUUUGCAAGUGAUGUAUCAAUUCACAAUAGUGAAAUUCUUUGCUUAAGAUUAAGCUAAAGACGGCUAUCUUCUACGUUGUGCCAUGUAGACUGGUAGAAGGGUACCGUUUCAGAAGUAUUUGCUGCUGCUAUCAUCAGUGUCAUGAGAAUCUCAAAUCUUACUAAUAUCAAGAUGUUCUGCUGCCAGAGCUGGUCUAAGGGGUGGGGGGAAAAGAUUGUUCCAACCAAUGUAAUAUAUAAUCUGUAAAUAUCGUGAAGUGAUUUUUUUCCCCCCCAAAAUUGGUUUUCUAAAUAGAAAUGGAGUGUUGUAAUUUCCAAAUUCAUUUUAAAAUGCUAACAGAGUAAAGUGUUCAUUAUUUCUGUCCCAAAUACCACGGAAACGUAAGCGAUAUUAUGAAAAUACGCACAAAUGUGCAUGAGUGAACAAUCUUUGUUCUACGUGGCUAGUUAUGUGUCAACUGAGGUGACUUUCUGAGGCCAUCACACAUGUACAGAAAACCGUAAGUAUCUACUCUUAAUAAUUUCAAAUUUGGACUAAAGAUUUGUUUUUUAUUCCUUACUUUCACACAAGCGUGUACAAAUAUGAAUCAGACACAUUUCCACUUUAAUUAGAACAUAAAACAACAGUACAUAAGUAGUUGCUUGACAUACAUUUGAAAUUUAUUUAAAUUGGGACAUUUAGGGCCACACAACAUUUAUAGUUUCAGAAGUGCAGGGCCUCGGAGUCAUUCUGAAAUAUGACUUUGACAUGCCUACUCUAUACCUCUACAGUGGGGUUGACCUACUUUUUAGUACUUCCCUUGGGGCCAAGAAACACUUUUUGAAAUUUUCUUUAACAAUACUUAUGCAGGAAUUAUAAUAGUUGGUAUUCUCAAAUGUAAAUUUUAUUGAAAUGUGCACAAAUUGCUUAGGGUUACAUACUAUUUUAAAUUUGCGACUCUAGCAGCUCAUGUCUGACAAUUUGACAAUUUUUACCUGGAAAAUGUAAAAUAUUGUGGUAGGGUUUUCAAGUCGAUAGCAGAUGUAUUUACAGCUUUAUCGAACAGAAUACAAUACGACCUUAUUGACUCGAUGAGUAACGCAAUUCUAACAGAAAUAAAAAGAGAAUUAAACUC